GUAAAUGUCAGAGGGUUCCGAAGCAAAAGAAGUAUGGCGAAGAGGGAGGAAGAAUAUCGACCAAAUUAGAGAUGUGUAACCAAAUUUGGUCAAUUUUACGAAUAUAUAUCUCUUAUUUAUUUUAACCAUUGUUUUGGUUUGUAAUAUGUUAUUCGUUUUCACCAAGUAAUCCAUUCAUCAUGUCGUCGGAUAGCGAGAUGGACGAGUUCUAUGAUGCUGAGGACAGCACCCCAAGAAAACCGUCACUGCCUUCGGGGAUGAAUAAUAUACCAGAAGAUUCAUUUGGAAUGAGUGAAUUGGAAGCAGAGGAGAGAAGAUUAUUAAAGUUGAAGAAAAUGCAAGAAGAAAAGAGAAUGAAGGAAGAUGAAGAAUACAUGAAGAGGCUGGAUAUGUUACGGAAAAAGAAAGAAGAAAAACAUUCGGUGAUUGAUAGCAAAAUAAAGGAGAACGAAAAGAGAAGGAAGCGGUUAGAGGAUCUCCGACAACGGAUGACAGAAGGCAAUGAUGCAGGUGUCUCGACAGGGAUGGGUGAUCUGAAGCUUUUUCAUGACUCGGACACAGACGACGAGAUGUUAAACACACCUGGUGAUGAAGACUCUGAUUCUUCUAAUGGAAAGUCACCUUCAUUUACAGCCACAAAAGAACUGGAAGCUGCAAAUCGUUUGUCUACACAAGAGUCUGAAAUAUUUAAAAGAAAAUCUAACGAUUACUCUGACAAUAUAACUACAUCUUUUCCUGAAAAAGAAAAGCCAAACAAACAGAUUCCACAUAUACAGGUGACAGAUGACCAUUUAGCUGUCAACUCUGGCUGUGUAACAGGAAGUGAUGUAAUUGUAGACGAGCUUCUCAGUGACGAUAUAAAUGAACCUGAUAUUGUACGGAGUACGAAAACUAGAACUCCACCCAGCACUUUGGUGGAAGGUGAUUUGCCAGAGCAGCCUCAACCAUCAGUUGUGGAACAACCGAGGGCCCCGCCUAGAAAGAAAAAGAAAGGAGAGCGCUCUAGUGGAGAGUUAGGUCAGGCUGGUGCCUCAGACUGGAGCUCUGGUCCAAACGGGCUGACACUACCCACCCCAACAUCUACUGUGGACAACCUGACUAAGGAACUAGAGUAUGCCCUCGACCUCCACAGUGCCCUGGAAGGGGCUCGACAUAUCAAUGCAGAGGAAGCGGAGCGUGAUGCUGUAAACUCUGAUCAUGAUUCCCCGCGUCAGAAAAGCGACAGUCUGCCGUCCUCUGUUGAUGGAGGUCCCUCAGGAUUAGACAGUGUUGAUGGGGCACAUCUUCGCUCCCAGGGGCACAGCUCUGUCCCAGAGGAAAGCCAACGGCCUCGAUCUAACUCGGGUAGACUACUCUCUGACAAGGAGAUCCUGCAGUCAAUCCGUGUGCUGAACCUUGACACGGGGGAGAGUGUUCCACUGAGCGUCGCCGAGGAGAAGAUACCUAAGGGACUUAACCCACUCGACCUUCAUCUCAUUAAGAGGACUAAGGAAUACCACAGCGAUGGCAGUCUGAAGGAUGAUCACCACCAUGACGAGCUCGACAAUGAGGACACACAAUCCUUGUCUGAGCAGUCUGGUGUGAAGAAAAAAGGAUCCCGACUGAGGAAAAUAAUUCGGCGAAGAGUUGGAAAAACAUUGAGUAAAGUCAAAACAAUGGCGGAUACAGUCUUACACAAUGACGAUGUAGCCGUAGAAGAGGAGGUCUCUGUUGAUGGUAAAAUCUUUAAGUUUGUGUAUCAGCGAGCAGACUACACAGAGGGACUUUUAAUUCGUGUUUCACCAGCAGCAUCUCAGGAAAGUCUCAACUCGGCCACAUCUGAAAGCUCAGCCUCAGAUUUACUGGCCUCGGGCAGUACCGAGGAGGAGUUAGCUCCAUUUAUGCCAAAGCCGUUCUGUACGUACCGGGGCCACUCGGCCGACCUUCUAGACGUUUCCUGGUCUAAGAAUUACUUUAUUUUGUCAUCUUCCAUGGACAAGACUGUCCGCCUGUGGCACAUAUCUCGGCGCGAGUGUCUUUGUACAUUCCAGCACAUUGACUUUGUAACUGCCAUUGUCUUCCACCCCAGGGAUGACCGGUACUUCCUGAGUGGGUCACUGGAUGGAAAGCUUCGCCUGUGGAAUAUUCCGGAGAAGAAAGUGACAAUGUGGAAUGAGGCCCAGAACUGUCUCAUCACAACCGCAAACUUCUGCCACAAUGGCAAAUUUGCCGUAGCCGGCACUUACGAUGGGAAAUGUAUCUUCUACACUACAGAGCAACUGAAGUAUUACACCCAGAUCCAUGUACGGUCUACACGGGGUAAGAAUGCCAGAGGACGUAAAAUCACAGGAAUUGAACCUCUACCUGGUGAAGAUAAGGUACUGGUGACCUCUAACGACUCCAGGAUUAGAAUGUAUGACCUUCGUGAUUUGACCUUGACCUGUAAAUACAAAGGAGGAGCCAACAACAGUAGCCAGAUCAAAGCCAGUUUCAGUCCCAAGUGCCGUUACAUUGUUUGUGGGUCGGAGGACCACUUUGUGUACAUAUGGAAGACCCAGCAUGAAUACUACAAGUUCUCGUCAGCUCGGCGAGAUCGUAAUGAUUACUGGGAAGCUCUUAAAGUACACAAUGCAGUAGUAACAGCAGCAGUGUUUGCCCCGAAUCCUUCCCUCCUGAUGGCACAGUCUGAAUCUCCCGCCAAGGAGGAGGAACGCACUGACCAGGUGCUCGUCACAGCGGACUUCUCUGGUGCUAUCAAGGUUGUACAGAACACUGGAGCGACAGCGCAACCGACAUGUUAGGGGACUGGUCAGAUGUUGUACAUAAUACUAGUGUGACCACUCAACCGAGACGUUCGGAGGCUGGUCAGAUGUUGUACAGAACACUAGUGUGAUCACUUAACUGGCUGGUCAGAUGUUGAUAACAUCGGUAUGAGAUGGUCAAAUGUUGUAGUAAACACAAUACUGACCAAUUCAGUUACUUGAGCGCAUCAGUUACAAACGGUCAAACAACGAUUGAGCACAGAUAUAAAGGUAGUGACCACUCAACUUCUUUAUCACACCAACGUAGACCCAGCUCAGCUUUUGAUCUUGUAGCAGUGGUGACUUAGUGACGGUCAAACUACAUGUACUGCCCUAGCGGACACAGCACUGCCUCAUUCAGUCACAUCCACGUUGUCAUCUGGUCAACUGGUUUAAUCUCGGUAGUGACCUGUUCAUCAGCUUUAUAGUGGAAAAAACAAUGGCAUUCUUACAGAAAAAAAACAGGUUGGUCAGAUAGGGAGGUGUCAACACAACGUUGAAUAAUGCAGCCAUUCUGAUUUAUUUGUGGUUAUGAUAUUGUCGGAAAUGAUCCUGGAACAUUUACAGAGAUUAUAAUGUCAUCAAUAUGAUAGAUUUACAUGUUUGUGUUUUCAGUAUAUUAGAAUAUAUGCAAGCUGCCUUGCUAGAGAUAUUUUCAGUCUGUGAUAUAUUGCUCAAUACAUUUUUUCGCAUGCCUUCAAUUCUUGCAAAUACUUGUAAUUAUAUUAAUAAUUCAUGGAUUUUUUCUCUCUCCGAAUUACGAAAAGAGGAAGCAAGUGGAUACUAGACCUUUUAAUUUCAUUAAAAAGGAAAAUUAAUAUCACAAAAUAUAAGCCUAGCAGUUUAUUUUUGGCAGAUUUGUUGUAUACCUUUAUGUGCAUAAUAUUUUAUCUUUCAUAUGAAAUGCUAUCUUGGUAUCCUUUCCAUUUUCAUAAUUCCAGGAAAAAAUGUCCCUUGAAAAUAUUACCUGUCCUGAAUGUAAAUUGUAGCUCUGAUUUCAAUGGCAUUUAUUGAGUGUUUAAUAUAAUAUGUAUUGCCGGUUAUUUUUAGCUCACCUGGUCCGACCGCAGCGUCUGUCGUCCGUUGUCC